AUGGGGGAAGGGAUCAACAACGAUAAGGUGGUGUACUGUGAUGCAUUUAUGCUUGCCGCCUUUGCGGAGGCACGGGCGGCUCUCGCGGAGGGAGAAGUCCCUGUAGGUUGUGUUUUAGUGCCAGCGGAGGCGUCAUGUCCGGCCAAUGCAGGACGCUUAGAUGAUAAUAAUUCCAACAAUAGUGAAGCGUCGCUUGGGAGCCUCAUCGCGGCACGUGGACGCAAUGCCACUAACAAGGAGCACCACGCUCUUGCCCAUGCAGAGUUUGUGGCUGUGGAGGCAUUGUUGCGCGAUGCGGCAGAAAAGGGGCGGAAACCACCUGCAAGCCUUGCCGGGUAUGUUCUUUAUGUUGUGGUGGAGCCUUGUAUCAUGUGUGCCGCCAUGCUGCUGUACAACCGUAUCAAGAAGGUCUAUUUUGGGUGUGGCAAUCCUCGCUUUGGUGGAAACGGCACAGUACUCGCGGUGCAUGCGGCGAAAUCCACCAGCGCCCCUGCCUAUGAGAGUUGCGGGGGCCACCGAGCCGAAGAGGCGAUAGCGUUAUUGCAGGAGUUUUACAGCCGUGAAAACAGCGCUGCGCCUGACCACAAGCGAAGGCGGAAAGAUAUUUGA